CGUGCGCGCUGGUUUGACGCGGCACGGAGGCAACCCAUGAUCGCAGACUCAACACGCAUCCUCACGCCACUGACCUGCGCUUAGCCGUGUCCUGCAUGUGUGUGCAUGUGUGUGCAUGUGUGAGCGGGAGUGUGAGUGAUCCCCAGCAGCCAGCAGCAGGACGGAGGAUCUCAAGGAGAAUGGGGGAACUUUGGAUCGACGCCCGGGGAUAACGCGCGGUCGGCCCGAACCUCGUCGGCUUUUCUCGCGGAUUUUUUUUCAGCAUAUUUGGAUGUUGUCUGUUCCCCCCUUUUCCCGUUUUCUUCUAGUCAGUGGGGAUUUACACUUGGCUUACAAGUCCCGUUAUUCGCGGCGUGCAAAAUGCCAUUCGCCAAAAGGAUUGUGGAGCCGCCGCUGCUGUGCAGGCACCACAUCCCCAACGACGAGGGGCUGCUCUUCGAGGACCUGUGUGCCAUCAGUAACGUGGUUCUGUCCCGGACCUUGCGACAGCUGUCCGACCUGGCCCGGCACGCCUGCUCCUUAUUUCAGGAGCUGGAGAACGACAUCAUUAACACCAACCAGCGGGUCUGGGUCCUCCAGAACAAAAUAGGCCAGAUACAGCAGACUGCCAGUGCCCUAGACCCAAAAAAGGAGGCAGUGCCGGUGUCGAACCUGGAUAUAGAGAGCAAGCUGUCAGUUCACUAUCAGGCUCCAUGGCACCAACAACACAACGUGUUUCAUCCUUGCACGCGCCCACCAUGUCUGGAGGAGCUGCACAGAAACGCUCAACUCAGUCUCAGAGCCCUGCACCGAGACGAACAACAGCGCCAGCGGUCCACGAGUCGGGAGAGAAACAGGGUGACCAUUUCUAUCUCAGUGGCACCCCCUAUGCCCACCUUCCCCUCACCACACUCCAUUCGCCGGCAACAGAGGAGUCGCAUGGCACGAGCUCAGGAGAGAGCAGAGAGGGAGCGAGAGUUAGAAUAUCAACCCAGGAAGGAGAGGACUGUGAGAGAAACAGAGAUCCAGACCAUACAGAGAAAAGAGAGGCGAGGGAGAGAAGCAGAUGUUCAGACGAUCCAAAGAAAGUUUGAGUGCUUUUACUCACUUCACCCUAUUGAAAGUUGCAUCUUCAUCCCAUGGAAUAGAAAGGCUACCUCGACGGGGGAAGAUGAAGGUGUUGAGGUCUUGGGAGGCCACAGAUCCAAGCCCUCAGCCCCCUCAACCCAAGAUAAAAAGACGAACUGGUCCAAGGAAAAACUCUCAUCAUCAGAUCAGAAGAUAACUGCCGAUUCUCACUCCAUCUCCUCUUGCAUCAUCCCCAUCAAUGUCACAGGAGUUGGGUUUGACAGGGAAGCCAGUGCUCGUUGCUCUCUAGUCCAUUCCCAGUCGGUUCUACAGAGGAGAAGGAAGCUCAGGAGGAGGAAGACUAUCACAGGAAUACCCAAAAGAGUACAUCAGGACAUGGACUCAGAUGAAUCACCCGUAGCAAGAGAGCGCACAGUGAUCGUCCAUGCCAACCCGCACCAACUCUCUCUCUGUCAGGAAGAUCUCUCAAUCAGUGGUCGUCUCCAUCACACUCGUGACUCUGGGUGCCAGACAGAUGAUUUCCUUAUAGCAUGUACAGCUGCUCCCUCCAGAAGGCGCAUCAGAGCGCAACGUGGCCAUCAGGGAAUCCCUGCCUCACUUUCCCAUUCAACAGGCAACAUCUCUUCCUUGGGUGACCAGUCAGAUUCCACAUAUACUUGUGCUUCAACCCAUGGUGGACGAUUGCGCUCUCGCAGCCUUCCAAGAGAGGGUGGACGUCUGAUGGACAGUGAUGAGGAUGAUGAUGAUGAUGAUGAUGAUGAUGACGACAAUUAUGAUGAUGAUGAUGACGAAGAUGAGGAGUUGUCCCCAUAUGAAGCAGAGGACUUUAUUCCAUCUGGCCCUAGUCCAAGAAUGAAGAUGAUGAUGAUGAAAGAUGAGGAGGAGAGCACAGAUGACCAGGCAGCUCCUGAGCCACUGCAACUUGGGAGCCUAAAAAGGUUGCAGCGAUCUGGGGAAAGGGGUGGUGGAGGAGGGAGCCCAGAGCAUUGCUGGAUGGAGAGGGGCCGUUCUCGCUUGCCCCGCAAAGCUGACAUGGGCAGCUGUGAAAUCUCAUCAAGUUCAGAUACUUUCAGCAGCCCUAUUCACUCAGUGUCUACAACAGGAGUUCUGGGCAGCCAUGUGGACCAUAAGGAAGACCACCAGUCGUCAAGUGGGAACUGGAGUGGUUCCAGCUCCACCUGUCCCUCUCAGACAUCUGAAACCAUCCCACCGCCCUCUUCUCCACCACUGACAGGCUCAUCGCACUGCGACUCAGAGCUUUCACUCAACACUGUGCCCAUUGCCAUUGAUGAGGGAUUUUCCUUGGAUCCCUUGUACCACUCUGACCUUAGACCCCAGGGCCAGGGCCACAGGUCAAGCUCUUUCACAUCAUCAGCCACAGACCAGUUGGAUGAUGCAGGGGUCAGUACGGCAAGUGAGGGGGAGUGGACAUACCCUCCAGACCAAGACCAGACUGAUCCAGACCAAGACCCUGAUCACACCCAAAACCUGAGGCAGAACCAUGGGUUAGCCCAGGAAUACAGCUCAAAACAAGGUCACGAAGACCAAACCUGUUUUAGUGACAACAAAACCAGCAACACUGAAAAAGAGCCUGGCUCUCAUUACACAUCUGACACAGAGGGAUUCUACUCCUCAUCUGUGCAUUUUGGGGAGUGUAAACAGAGUUACAGAGGAUACAUGUAUAACUAUGCAGACCCAGGACCUGACUGCAGUCAAUCCAACACUGUGGCAGCAACACUAUCCCAUGGAAUUUAUCUCCGGCCCUCAGCUGACUUCAGAGCAGGCACUAUGACCCUGGGGAGGAUCUGUCGUCCACUAAGGAAACCGAAAGUCAAACCCCCACCGCCCAAACGGACGUCUUCGCUUAAGGAGACCGGUAGUAGUGUUGAUGUUGGAACGGAUACACAGGCAGAUCAAGAUCUACCAAAGACAGUUAGUGAACAAGAGCUUACCUUGUCUUCCACAGAUAUGAAGCUGGAACUGGAGCUAGAGCUUGGAGGUGCUCCAGAACCAUUACAGACUUCUUGUCUAGUGGCAGAGCCUUUAGGAACUUGGGGAAUGGGACUGGGUGAAACUGUUGACAUAGUAGAGCCCAUGUCCUUCAGCUCUGCAGAUACACACUCAUUUAAGGAUGAAGGUGCUGUCCAAUCUGACUAUGCAGACCUGUGGCUUCACAACAGUGAGCUGAAGACCAACAAUGGUGAGUACACAUCUAUGUCCAACUCAAGCACAGCCACAGGCACUACUGUCAUGGAGUGUAUCAAGUCACCCGACAGCUCUUCCUCCUCCACAGAAACCCAAACCCAGGCCCAUGGCCAUACUUCAGAAACCAGGGCAACUAGCCCCCCUCUCCCACCUGGAGACUUCAAACUUGGGUCACCUGAGAAGUUGGCCGGGCUGGCCUCGCCAUCAAGUGGUUAUUCCAGCCAAUCAGAGACUCCAACCUCAACCUUGCCAUCAUCUUCUGCAGCAUUCUUCCCAGGACCUCUAUCUCCCUCCACUGGCAAAAGAAAGCCCAAAGUGCCAGAGAGGAAGUCUUCUCUCUCUUCCCUCCAGCACUUCCCCAGAGAUGGAGUUUCCAUUUCCUCUAGCUAUAAGAGAGACCCGGACUUUCCACCUCCACCAUCUCAACUUGAUCUCAAUGUUCUUCAGGGUGGCUUUGUCAGACACACGCUAUCCCAUCGGACACACCACAUGCACACACUCCACCACAGCAAACACAGAGUUGCAAAUGCAUUAACAACUGGAACAAAGUUUUUGGCCCCUGAGACAUCAAAUACCAACCCGACGCCAAGUUCCAACUCUGCUUCAAUAAUUACUAGCUCCAAUCUAUUCGUGAUAACUCCAUCUGCUCUUCGUUCAGUGCAGCUCCAUUCUGUUAGUCAAUCUAGAUAUAGGGCUACCACUGCAGACCAGGAAACAGCAACUGGACUAGUGACUGCUACUAGACCAAAAUGUCCUCCUAGUGGAUCUACUCUGGCUCCACCACCUAUUAACACUAGGCCUCUCCCUCCUCGUAGACCACCUCCCAGACCCCCAGCUCAUGACCACACCUCCUCCCCUGAACAUUCACAACCACCUCCCCCUGGCCGGCACCCUGAUGGGCCUCCAUCCUAUGAAAGCCUUCUGCUCAGACAGGACCGCUAUGGACCUGGAACUUUCUGGGCUAUGACGGCCUUCAGAACUCGGAUGGACCCAUCAUCAGAACUGUCUGAAGACAGCUCACCUUUGCAUCGACCUGUGCCACGUGCUCCCCACCCUUCACCUGUGGAUCUACACACACAUAUCCACUCACACACAGAGUUCAGAGGGCUCACACACUCAAGUCAUGCACAUUCCGAGUUCAGGGUUUUGGGGGAGCGUUCAUUCUCCCAGGAUGAUGAUGAUGAUGAAGAUGAGGAGGAGGAAGAGGAAGAGCAGGUGAAAGACCUGCCGAGGGCUGCAUGUUCCAGAGGAGGGAUGCGAUUGGACCACCCUCCACCCCCAGCGUACGAGUUUGCUGGAGGAUCCCACUCAGACUCAGGGCCCUGGGCUAGUCCAGUCAAAGUGCCUGGAACCACAAUGGAAACAUCGCAUCCUUACCUAAUCAGCGAUGCAAGGAAAAGAGGACAAAUAGAGAGGGAAGAAGGGGACGAAUUGACAUCAGGUGCUACCAGAAGUGCCCAUCAGCAGCAGCCACAGGAGAGCAAAGACGACUCCACUACUCCUGACACAGAAGAUUACUUUAGUAAAGAUUCAACACCCAGUGAUAAUUCGCUCUCCCCUCUGACGGAAGACUCCAAAGUGGAUGAUGACAUCAUCACGUCCCCCAACAAGACCCGUACAACUGAAGACCUGUUUGCCAUGAUACACAGAUCUAAAAGAAAGGUCCUGGGCCGUAAAGAUUCAGGAGACUUAAACGUGAAGUCUCGUCUCUGCCCUGCAGCAACAGUUACACCUGGCAAUGUCUCCACCAUCAUUAUCCCGCCAGCCCCUCCUCUUAACAUCCCAGCCACCUUAGCCACUGCUGCCGGGUCACAACGAGCCCCUGUGCCAAUCUACCGCAGCGCCAAGAAAUCCACCACAUCCAACGAGGAGUUUAAACUCCUGUUGCUGAAGAAAGGUAGCAGGUCUGAUUCCAGCUAUCGCAUGUCAGCAACAGAGAUUCUGAAGAGCCCUAUCACCCCUAAAAUGCCAGGGGAGUCCCUUCAAGAGGGACCAUUGAGACAGCCGGAGGAGCCCCCCACUACACUCCUAGAAGCCCCUAUUUCUAGCAUGGACCCAAUCCAGAUACCAGGUCUUUUUCCCAGGGCCAACGCUGAGAGUUUUACCCCCAAAACCCUGCCUCUGUCAGCUGCAUCUCGACAGGGUCGUUCUCGGAUCCCCCCUGUAGCCAACAGCAGUCGCUACAGUACACGCAGCCGCCUCUACACCGCCCCCAUGCAAGCCAUUUCUGAAGGGGAGACUGAGAAUUCAGAUGGGAGCCCCCAUGAUGAUAGAUCAUCCUAAAACAUCCCCAAUGCGAGAUGUCGUCUGUUCUUAGCUGUGUCCUACAUUUGAAAUGGGCCCUUGGAAUUUUCUAAUCUUGGAUAGGUGUGUCAACAAGGCCAAUAGUGUAAUUCUUGUGACACGCAAAUAUGUUCAUGUUUAAGUUUUUUCUUUUUGUUUUGGAUCUAAUAUUCUAUUUUAGGGUGUCAGGCAGAGGGUUGUGAGACACUAAAUCAGCUUUGGGAAAAUAUCUAAAUACUGUACCAUCAAAACAAUCACUCCCUCAUAGUUAAGAAGACCUGUUUUGAUUGAACCUUUUUUAAAUAAAAAGGUCCUAAAUGUUUAGUAAAUAA